AUGGCCAAGUACGGGGCCAGACUCGAACUUAAGGACGAGACCAAGCAGACGCCGUUAUUACUGGCCUGCGGAUACGAGAGGAUCGUUGGACUUUUGCUCUGUCAUGGUGCCGACCCCACUACUUUUAACGACGCCGGUGAAACGCCCUACUCGCUUGCGAGUCAUCACAUGCGUGGAAUUUUCCACCGAUAUGCGUACAACGGCAGGUAUAACCUUGCCAUGCUGCGGACGGAAAAUUAG